AUGACGCUGGCGUUCUUCUUCGAGUCGCUCCACCAGACCAUCAGCAUCGUGCUUGUCGGCCGCAUGGACUCGCCGCAUGCUACCGACUAUGUGGGCGCCGCGACGAUGGCGAGUAUGUAUGCUACAAUCACGUCCUACUCUGUGAGCCUCGGCCUUGCGUCGGCCCUCGAUACCCUCUGUACACAAGCCCACGGCGCCGGCAAUACCAAGCAGUUUGGCGUCUACUUUCAAAGCUCUCACCUCGGCAUGGCCAUGGUUCUCAUUCCCGUCGUACUCGUCAACUGGUUUUCCGGAGAUAUUUUGACCGCCAUGGGCCAAGACGCCGAGCUCUCGGCGCUCGCGGGCACGUUCAUUCGUAUUCUCUGCAUCGGUCUGCCCUUCUACUUUGUCUACCAGCUCGUGCGCCGGUUCCUCCAAGCGUAUGACAUUGUCUACCCGAUGACGGUCGUCGCGCUGUUGAGCAAUGUUGUGCACAUCGGUCUUGGCUACUACCUCUGCUACCACACGUCGCUCGGCUUCAACGGCGCGGCGAUCGCACGCUGCGUGAGCUACGUGGUGUUGCCACUCUUCAUGCUGCCGUACUUUGUGUGGCGGCCGAUCCACCGCGAGUGGGGUCUGCACUGGAACAAGGCAGUCGCAGUCGGGAAUCUCCGCGAGUUCUUCCGCUUUGGGAUUCCCGGACUGCUCUUGUCGACAAUGGAGUAUGCGGCGUACGAGAUUCUGACGCUUAUGGCCGGCUGGCUGCCCAACCACAAGGUCAUGAUUGGUAUCAACUCGAUCGUGCAGAACGUCAUUUUGAUGUUGUACAUGGUGUAUACGGGCAUCUCAAUUGCAACGACGAUCCGCGUUGGGAACCUCUUGGGAGCGAACCGGCCGGACGACGCCCGGCGCGCGGCGACCCUUGCCCUUGUCCUCUGCGUGAGCUGCUCGAUACUGACGGGUGGGUCGAUGGUGCUAGCCCGUGACGAGCUGCCAACGCUCUUUCUGUGCGACCCCGCAGUCCUCGCGUACGUUGCGUUGUACAAGAAGAGUCUCAUCUCUCGGUUAGAGCGGCGCCCGCAGCGCUAUGCUGCGCUGCCCUUCCAAGGCAUUUUUCGAGGCAUCGCCAAGCCAGAGAUUGUGACAGCGGUUAACGGUGGCGCGUACUACCUUGUGGGCUUGCCCCUCGCGGCUCUGGCUGGGUUUUGUUUCCACUGGGGGAUCAACGGUGUUCUCGGUGCUUUUGGCGUCGGCACUCUCACAGCAACCGGACUCGAACUCUACCAGUUUGCAAAGAUCGAUUGGACGGCGGCGGCCGAUACUGCGGUGCGCCGCAACGACAUCGACACCCCUCUCCCUCGUCCCGACGACAAGGCCGAGUUGCCAUAA